UAAAGAAGUUUACGAGAUCGCGAAUCUGGCAUCGUCAUCAUUUGCAUUCUGCCAGAAUUGGUUUUCGAACAGCUGGGAAAUUUUGAAGCUUUUUCUACUAAUUGCCUUGAAUUUUUAUUUAAUAAAGAGACUUUAAUUAGUUUGAUACGAUGCGAACCAUUGAAGCAUCCCAGAUGGUGAAAAUACCAAAAAAUGUCAAAAUUUGUGUAAAAUCUCGUGUUAUUCAUGUAAAGGGCCCACGUGGAUUCCUCAAACGAGAUUUUAAACAUCUUCAAGUCGAUAUGGAAUUACUUGGCAGGGAUAAACUUCGAAUCCGAAAAUGGUUUGGUAUCCGCAAAGAAUUGGCCUGUGUCCGAACAGUCUGUUCACACAUUGAAAACAUGAUUAAAGGAGUGACCCAAGGAUAUCUGUACAAGAUGAGGUCAGUAUAUGCUCACUUUCCUAUUAACAUCACGACCUCCAAAGAGGGAAACCUAGUUGAGAUUCGAAAUUUUCUGGGAGAGAAAAUCGUCCGUCGAGUAAAUAUGCUGCCAGGAGUCGUCUGUAAAAAUUCUACUGCUCAGAAGGACGAGUUGCUGUUGGAAGGAAACAACAUAGAAUCUGUCUCGAGAUCUGCAGCACUCAUUCAUCAAUCUACCCUCGUUAAAAGGAAAGAUAUACGUAAGUUCUUAGAUGGAAUUUAUGUCUCAGAGAAAACAGCUGCUGUACAGACAGAGUGAUUGAUGACAAAUAGUUAUGUAAAUUAAUUUGUUCAUAAACUUAAUAUUUUUAAAGGGAGCAAGAAGUUUCCUUUUUGAAGUCGAAAAAUUAAAAAAAAAAAUUAA